GCAAACCCAACAAUAAGCCCAAACCUGUGGUCGUUGAUGACGAUGACGACUGCGUGAUUGUUGAUAGUGAAACCAUCCAGCAAAUCAACGAGGACAAGUUUGUGCCGAAGGCCUUCAGCUCCGGCAAGCCUGUGAAGAGCAACAUAGUGAUCGACCUGAAUAAACAAACUAUUAAAGUGCCCGAAGUGAACCGAGUGGAACCAGACAGCAUCUUCCAUCAUGCGUUGUUUGCCAGCCCAGAGGUUCGCUUGGAGAAGUGGAUAAAGGAACUGUGCUCUUAUCGCCAAAAGGCUCUUCAACAGGGCUGGAAGAACGAGUAAAGUGCCAUUCAAGAUCUGCAAUUUUAGUUAGAAGGCAAUGAGUCGCUUGUGGUGGCUGGUUCCUUUUGGGGCCUGUUUGCUUGCAGUGAUUCUUACUGGGAAUAAAACGCUGCUGGACAUAAGCGAGCGAAGCUCCUGCCCGUUUUGCUACGGCGACGACUUCUGCUCGGCCCUUGAAAACGCCACGUUUCAAUACAACAGCCUGCAGAAGGUUGCGUUUAAUUUCGUGAGUGUGAAGAAUGUGUUCUUUGCCCAGCUGGACGGUAGGGAGUUAGUGCUGAAAAAACUCGCGGACUGUGCAGUUUUUUCCCUGCUCAACCAGGACGUUUUCCGUGAGGCAAAGCCAAAGGCGAUUAAGCAGGAAGAUUUAGUGACGCUUCUAAGUGAUAACCGCAGACACUUCCACACAUGCAACCGGGCUACUGCUCAGCAGCUGAUUCAAGCCAUUCCCUCUAAAAACUCUAAAGAAUUGGCCAAUCUGUGGACAUUGCUGAACGUGAAUGUAGAGCCGCUUCUUUUGGAGGUUUUUCGGAAGGAGCACAAAUGGCCGGUGCCCCAUUUUUUCGGGUACUGCGGACGUUUGGCUGUCGAGGAAAAUUGCGGGGUGCCGCUCAACGAAGUGCAGCUGCUGCACUGGAACCAUCGAGCUCACAUAGCGCUUCAACUGCUUCAAGCUGCUGAUAAAUUCACCAGUGGACAUGAGGAGUUCAGGCUGUACCUGACCGACGUUUCGCCUGAUAAUGUGGCCGUCAACUUGCAGGAUUUUAGCGUUGCUUUCGUCGAUUUGGAGCAUGGGAUUUUGCAAGGGAUUCACUCUGACCAACCAGCAACUCUUGCCCACUAUACCCAAUACAUGCCCGAAGAAGAAUUCGCAUUUUUCAGCGAUUCAGUUUGCGCCAGCCGGAUCAGCGACCAUAACAUCUAUGCAGUAUGCAGGCUCUUCCUGUCGCCUGCUGCACCAUGGCCCAUGAUGCUCGGAGGGCUGCUGCACUCACCCCAAGCGGCCCCAGAGCGGUUGUUUUCCCUUAUAGAGCUCUGCGUUCAUUCGCCUAACGAAAUACCCCGCUUCUCUCUUAGCAGGACCAUUCAACAGCUGCUGCGUGACCUGCUAAACGACGCUGGUUAUUAUAACUUGAAGAACGAAUAGAGCGAUUUUGAGUCUC